GUCAGGCAUGGUUUCGGAUUGAUGGGAAACUGAUUCUGAACAGUGGUAAACAAAAUGGGGUACCUCUGCCUCGCUGUAAUUGCACUGGUCGCUGUAUCUGCAGUAAAAUCAAAUACGGAACUAGAAGAUUACGACCGUAUCGAAAUGUCGCUUGAGACAACCAAGAACUGUAAGGACCUUCCUAAUGGAAAAAUCAGACUUAAUGACAUCGUCAUUGAACAACUUGGAAGAAACAAAAUGGCCAUAAGUGGUACGCUGGAUGUGGAGGUACCGGUGACGGACAGUUUUAAGUUGAAAGUUAUGUUAACUAAGUGUCCCAGCAAGUUAGACAGACAUAUGUGUGAAGAUUUUCCAGAAACAAUGAUAAACGAUUUCUGCAAGAAACUUCCAAAAGAGGGACAAGUGUGGUCUGAUUUUGUAAAAGAUCUGAAACAUUUUGAUCCACACUGCCCAAUACCAAAAGGGCAUUAUAAAUUUCACCGCCAUCCGAUUGAUGUGGAAGGAGUGGCAAAUAUGCCUCUCAUGGAAGGAUACUGGAUAAUGAUAUGCGAAGGAUACAUUCACGGCGAGAGGGUGAUGUGCGAACGAACUGAGAUGGUAUACAGCAGGAAAGUAAGGAGACACCAUGCCUAAGAUUGGAAGAUAUAAACACACAGAAAUAUGGAUUUUAACAUGAAUUAAAUUGUUAUUCUAGUAUUCA